AAAGGCUGUUCGUAGAUCGGCUCAACCACAACUCGCUGUGCCUGAACAUCUGAACAUCACCAUCUCCAGCAACCGCAGGCUGAAGAAGUAUGUGGUCGACAUGGAUGCCAUCGAGGGCGUGGGAGGUGACGAAGGCCAAGAGAGAAAAAGGGGCUUUGGACAGGGGAAGGCCCUGGUCGGCUGGUCCAUCAGAUCUUCACGUCAAACCAUCAACCUGCGACUCUGCUUUGGCAACGACAGCUGCCUCUGUGCUGUUUGGGCGGCCUCGAACUGCGUUCUUUGAAGCCUUUUUUCAGGUACCAUGCAAGCUUAGCACCGGCUUUUGGCCGUCCUCAAACACUAGCAUGCUUCGUGGAGCGGGAGCCAUCGCAGAAGGGGCAGGCGAUGAGACGCCCAUGGAGCGAUCAUCCUACCAGCAUGUCUUUCCCCGCAAGAACAACCAAGUAGCGUCGUGAAGGAUGGAAAAGGCCAUCUGAGAGGGACAGACAAGCUGAGAGGAAGAGGGCAGAGCAUGUCUCAUCCGAGCCCAGCCGGGUGGACGUCUUCAUGUCUCGAUAUGUCUUCGAUGCCUCGUUGUAGGACCCCCCUUACGGAGAUCUACACUGCAACCCCAGAUGAGCCAGAGGACGUCUGCCAAUGACAGUUACAUCCAGGCUGCAAUUGUUAUGUCAUUAUUAUUAUCAUCAUUAGAAACAGCAUUACCAGCAUCAAUCGAGCUAGAUGGAGGCAAAAGACCGCCGGCCGCAUGCCUGCAAUUACUGGCGAACCAACGAACUCCCGCUUACUCUGAAUCUGUUCCUUUCGGACCUCACUACGCUUGACGGGACAUGAAUGGAGUUAGGCUGUGACCUAAUAUUUCCCAGGAUACGGGUCUGAUGUUUGAUAUAUGGACUGGCAGAACCAGCAGCACCAGGACGACGUCUGUGGUAGGACGAUAUACAAGCCUCGGCAUGACCGACUCAGACGAUCGACGGGGCUGAAGCUGCGUUAGCUCCCCAGUGGAAGCGCGAGAAACCCCGUAUAAUAUCUCCCCUUGCUUGGCGAACAAGGGCAGGCCAGUUAUCAGUUAUGCUCCGUCUUCACUCCUUUGCCUCCUUCUGAUAUGAUUGAGGUUUGACACGGACCGAGAUGAGCGGGGAUUCUUCCAUCCAUACCAUACAACCAGACACAGUCCAGCACAAUCAAGCUCUCUUGGCCGGGCGAAAGCCUUCCUAGGCUGCAUGCUAGUUGGCCUAGCUCACGAGGAAACAUCAUGGAAGGCCAAAGUGCAAAAAAAAAAUUAUACCCUAGGACCGUAUCCUCAUCCACCAUACCCUGGGCACAAGACCAAGAGACCCGACACGGCAGAGAUGAUAAAUGGGAAUUAGCAAGGGUGAAGGAGCUCUAUAUAAGAUGUCGAAGAUGUCCCUCGAAGUCCGUUCAGAAGAAUCAAGCCAGAGUUCCUGACUCGGACAACAAGCCUGACUCCUUCACAUCCUUCCUUCACUCUCUUAUUUCUAGUUUGGUCUUUCAAGUGAAGCAGGUAUUCUCUGAAGACAGACACCAUGCACGGACUUUUGCUUGCUGGCCUCGCGGCAGCUUUGCCCUUGGGCGUUGCUGGUCUUCCAGCCCGUCAACAAUCUGGUCUCAGCCCUCGCGGCGUUGAUAUCAACCCUUACCGCUUUGCCUCCAUGGCCAAGUACUCCGAGCACAAGUCCACCUCCCAGAUGGUGCACUCCUUCUCCUACUCCAAGGAUGAUGACUACGUUGCCACUGCCACCAAGCUCGUCAAGAGCACCUUCCCCAACAUGACCUUCCGCACCGUCAAGGACCACUACAUUGGCACCAACGGCAUUGGCCACGUCCACUUCAAGCAGACUGCCCACGGCAUUGAUAUCGACAACGCCGACUUCAACGUCAACAUUGGACGUGAUGGCAAGGUCUUCACCUUCGGAAACUCCUUCUACGAGGGAGAGAUGCCAAAGACCAACCCACUGACUAAGCGUGACUUCUCUGACCCCGUCAAGGCCCUCCAGGGUGCUAUCAAGACCUUGAAGCUUCCAGUCAAGCCACAGAGCGCUAAGGCUAUGCCAAUGAAGGAGGCCGAGACCUUCAAGUUCGAGGGUACCUCUGGUGCUCUCUCCGACCCAAUGGCCAAGCUCGUUUACAUCCAGAAGGAUGGCAAGCUCCACCUCACCUGGAGAGUUGAGACCGAUGUCGGUGACAACUGGCUCCUCUCCUAUGUUGAUUCCAAAGAGACCGAGACCGUCCACAACGUUGUCGACUACGUUGCCUCUGCUGACUACAAGGUCUUCGCCUGGGGUCUCAACGAUCCAACUGAGGGCCAGCCCACCAUGAUCAAGGAUCCAUGGAACACCACCGGCACUGGCUCUCCAUUCACCUGGCACGGAGACGGCCAGAUGGACUACACCGUCACCCGCGGUAACAACAUUGCUGCUCAGGACAACCCAAGCGGUGGCGAGCAGUGGGAGAACAACUACCGCCCAGACAGCCCCGAGCUCAGCUUUGUCUACGAGUACAGCGAGCAGAUGGAGCCAGAUCAGUACAAGGACUUUGCUAUCACCCAGCUGUUCUACACCACCAACACCUACCACGACGUUCUCUACGCUCUCGGUUUCACUGAGGAGGCCGGUAACUUCCAGAUGAACAACAACGGCAAGGGAGGUGAGGGCAACGACUUCGCCAUCUGCAACGCUCAGGACGGCUCUGGCACCAACAACGCCAACUUCGCUACUCCCCCAGAUGGCCAGAACGGCCGCAUGAGAAUGUACACCUGGACUACCGCCCAGCCAUCCCGUGAUGGUGACCUCGAGGCCGGUAUUGUCAUCCACGAGUACACUCACGGUCUAUCCAACCGUCUCUGCGGUGGUCCUGCCAACUCCAACUGCCUUAAUGAGCUCGAGGCCGGUGGUAUGGGUGAGGGCUGGGGUGACUUCUACGCCACUGCCAUCCGUCUCAAGCAGGGUGACACCCACGACACCGACUACACCAUGGGUGAAUGGGCUGCCAACAUGAAGGGCGGUAUCCGUGAAUACCCAUACUCUACCAACAUGCAGACCAACCCCUACACUUAUGCUGAUGUGCAGGGCAUGGACGAGGUCCACGGCAUUGGUACCGUCUGGGCCACCAUCCUCUACGAAGUCCUGUGGAACUUGAUCGAUGAGCACGGCAUGAGCAAGAACAUCAUGCCCAAAUUUGUCAACGGUGCUCCAUCUGACGGCCGCAAUCUUGCCAUGAAGCUGGUCCUCGACGGAAUGACCCUCAUGCCAUGCAACCCCAACUUCAUGCAGGCCCGUGAUGCCAUCAUCGAUGCCGACCAGGCCCUCACCAACGGCCAGAACAAGUGUGCUCUCAUGAAGGCCUUCUCCAAGCGUGGUCUUGGUGCCAACUACAAGCACGGCAAGAACCGUGUCAACAACUUCGACAUGCCCGCUGACUGCUAA